AUGCAACCGAUGAGUCCAUCACCAUAUCUGAAUCCUUCCGUUCCAUCACUGAUAUCCCUACUGUCCACCUCCAUGCUGAGCAGCCAUUUCAGGACUGUAGUGAUUAUGAACUUCGCAUAUUUGCUGGUCCGCACUUCGAAUCUAUAUCAGCUACAUCUGAUGCCACAAAGGUCAAGACCAACAAGAUUAUCGUCAAAGCCGCAUCCGAUGACAAAGCUGGCAGCUCGGAUAGAGAUUGUGAUUGCAAAUUUCACGAUUUACCCUGGUCCGUUGCACACUUGUAUCCGUCAAGUAAUGUUGUACUAUGAUUCUUAUGGUCGCUCUCAAAUCUACAGUCAUCGGUCGUUCAUCAUCUUCGGCUGCUCUGAUCCUGUCCUACGUAAAGCCUUGAUCGCCGACGAUGAAGUUUGCAAAGAGAUGGCGUGA